UUUUAAAAAAAAUUUGUAUGUACACAAAUAAUUCUUCAAUGAACAGGUUCAGUUGGAAAUUGAACAAAAAGUCAUGGAGCCUCCUCAAAUAAGAAAGUUAAAUGAAGAUGUAAUAAAUAGAAUAGCUGCAGGUGAAAUAAUACAACGUCCUGCAAAUGCUUUGAAAGAAUUAAUAGAAAACAGCAUCGAUGCCAAAUCCACAAAUAUCCAAAUUACAGUUAAGAAUGGUGGGCUUAAAUUCUUACAAAUACAAGAUAAUGGCACUGGGAUUAGAAAGGACGAUUUUGAAAUAGUUUGUGAGAGAUUCACAACUUCUAAAUUAAGGGAAUUUGAAGAUUUACAUAAGAUUGCCACAUAUGGUUUUCGUGGAGAAGCUUUGGCAAGCAUUUCCCAUAUUGCUCAUCUUUCUAUUACAUCAAAAACCAAAGAUGAUGUGUGUGCCUACCAGGCCAAAUAUAUUGAUAGUAAAUUACAAGGGACUCCAAAACCCUUAGCAGGAAAUCAAGGCACAAUAAUCACCGUAGAAGAUUUGUUUUAUAAUAUGAAUGUAAGGAAAAAAGCUUUGAGAUCUCCUGCUGAAGAAUACCAGAAGAUAGCUGAUGUUGUUACUAAAUAUGCUGUUCAUAAUGCUCCAAUAGGUUUUGCACUGAAGAAAUCAAAUGAAGGCAAUGAUAUUCGGACACCUCAGAAUUCAACUACAGUUGACAACAUCAGAAUUCUCUAUGGAAAUGGAAUAGCAAAAGAAUUAUUAGAAUUUUCUUUGGAAAACCAACAAUUCCAGUUUAGUGUAAAAGGAUAUAUUUCAAAUGUAAAUUAUUCUCCUAAGAAGUUUCAGUUUCUAUUGUUUAUCAACCAUCGAUUAGUAGACUGUCAAAGCUUGAAAAAGGCAAUUGAUCAAGUAUAUACCACUUAUCUACCCAAGAACACUCAUCCAUUUGUUUAUAUGAGUCUAGAAUUGAAUCCAACAAAUAUCGAUGUAAAUGUGCAUCCUACUAAACAUGAAGUUCACUUUUUAAAUGAGGAUCAAAUAGUUGAAUGUAUCGCCACUGCUGUAGAAACUAAACUUUUAGGGUCUAAUAAUUCCAGGACUUUUUACACCCAAGCUAAACUACCAAACAUAUUUGAAAUAACAUCAGUGCAUGAAAAAGACAAAACUGGCGCCCAAACAAAAACGAUACAUCCAAGCUUCAUGGUUCGGACUGACGCCAACGAGCAAAAGUUAGAGAAAUUUUUUGAAAAAGUUCAAAAGAAAGAUGAUAAUGCAACUGUGCAAAACCAAGCUAAUGAUUCGCUCGUGGAUGAGGACAUCCAAAUGAAUGAUGAAUCAUUUUUGAAUAGAGCCGAAAAUUUGGAAAAUGAAUUUAAUUUGAAUAGAUCUGAAGUUCUUCCUGUUAAGGAAACAAAUGAGAGGCUUCAAAGUUCUCCUACGAACAUUAGUGAAAAUGAAGUAAAAAAGAAAGACAUUUCGCCACCAACUUGUGAUAAAUUAAGUAAUUCAUUUGUGAAAAAAGUUACUAGGUAUGAAACGAAGCUGACAAGUGUGCUACAACUAAGAAGAGAAAUUGAAGAUAGCUGUCACAGAGGUUUGAGAGAAAGUUUCGCCCAACAUGUCUUUGUCGGCAGUAUAGAUCCUUCCCAAGCUCUCAUCCAAUACAGCACUAAACUAUUCCUUUGUCACACCAGGACCAUACUCGAGGAGCUUUUCUAUCAAUUCAUCAUGUACAAUUUUCAAAACUUCGAUGCUUACAAAUUUUCCAAUAAAAUAUCAAUAUACGACUUGUCUAUGAUCUGUUUAGAUUUGCCAGAAUCUGGAUGGGAGCCAGAAGACGGCGAAAAGACAAAGCUAUCAAAACAAAUCACGACAAUUUUUACAGAAAAAGCACCAAUGCUUCAGGAUUAUUUUUCUAUGGAGAUAGACAAAGAUGGAAAUCUGUGUAGUAUUCCUAUAUUAUUAGAUAAUUAUCUACCUGAUCCGAAAGCUUUGCCAAUGUACGUCGUGCGAUUGGCCACAGAAGUAAACUGGGAAUCAGAAAUGGAGUGUUUUCGAACUUUCGCUAAAGAAACAGCACGAUUUUAUUCUUUUGUGCCAGAAGAACUCAAUCAGAACGGAAAAGAGUGGCCUUGGGUUACCGAACACGUUCUGUAUCCAGCUAUAAAGGAAUAUUUCAUUCCUCCGAAGAAGUUUAUAGAAGACGGUUCUGUGUUAGAAAUAGCUGAUUUGCACAAUCUGUAUAAAGUUUUUGAGAGAUGUUAAUGACUGUACCAAAAAUAUAAAGUAUUGUUUUUUUACAAAAUGA